AUGUCUCCAUACCGACUAGUAUUUGGGAAAGCCUACCUCCUACCAGUUGGGUUUAAGCACAAAGCCUGGGCAUUGAAGGAGUUGAAAAUGGACCUAGAGAAGGCUGGAGUAACAAGAAUUUUACAAUUGCAUAAAUUGGAAGAAUUUAGAAGAGAAGUUCAGAAAAUGCAUCUAUCUACAAAGGACGGACCAAACAAUGGCAGGAUAAAAACAUUCGGCAAUGAAUUUUCAAAGUGGGAGACCAAGUGCUCUUUUGAAUUGCACCACCCAACAAAGGAGAAUUUCAAGGUUAAUGCUCAACGCAUCAAGCACUAUAUAGAAAAGUUUUUCACCGCUAAAGAGAGCCUUGAGCUAGUUCCAGAAUAA